GAACGGAACCGGAACCGGAACCGGAGCCGCGGCGCGGGGGGCUGAGCCGGGGAACCCGUCCGGUGAGGUCCGGUCUGGUCCCGGUGCUCAGGUGCCCGGUCCGUUCCAUCCCCUUUCCCCCGGCCCGACACGGCCCGUGCCGUUCGGGUCCGCCCGCCGGGACCGGCCCCGGGCUGCCCGCCCGCCUCCGGGGUGCCCGCCGUGUCCCGCACCCCUGUGCCUCGGCCCGGUUCCCCACGCACAGCCCAGGCCGGCUGCCGCACGCCGCUCGGUCCAGGACCGGCCUGAUCCUCCCACCUGCCCCGGUCCCCGGCCUGUCCUGCUGCCCUGCCCGGGCCGUGUCCCCCUCUGUCCCUGCCGUCCUGCCCGUCCCUGUCCCCCGUGUCCCCCGCGGGACGGGUCGGUGGCCGCACCGGCUGCUACCGGGGCCGGGAGGGUCAGCAGCGGCCGCCCCGGCUCUGCCGGGACCCGCUGGGGCCGCCGCAGCUCCCGCCUGUCCCUGCAGCCCCGGUGUCCCCGCAGCCCCGGUGUCCCCGCCAUGGCCGGCAGCGGGGCCCCCGGCUCCCCGGCCCGGCAGCGCGGCCCCGGCUCGGCGCUGGUGGAGGACGAGGACGAGGACCCGGCCCUGGGCGCUGAUGGCGACCUGGAGGUGAACCCGUACGACGGGCUGCCCUUCUCCUCCCGCUACUACCAGCUGCUGCGGCAGCGCCGGGACCUGCCGGUCUGGACCACCAAGUACAGCUUCAUGGAGCACCUGGAAGGCAACAGCGGCAUCAUUCUGGUGUCCGGGCCCCCCGGCACCGGCAAGAGCACCCAGAUCCCGCAGUGGUGCGCCGAGUACGCGCUGUCCCUGCAGUUUGCCCACGGGCUGGUGGCCUGUGCCCAGCCCCACAGCCUGGCCGCCCUCAGCCUCUCCCUGCGCGUGGCCGACGAGAUGGACCUGAACCUGGGCCACGAGGUGGGCUACUGCGUGCCGCACGAGGACUGCUGCACCACCGAGACCAUCCUCAGGUUCUGUUCGGACGAGAUGCUGCUGCGGGAGAUGACGUCGGACCCGCUGCUGCGGCAGUACGGCGUGGUGGUGCUGGACGAGGUGCAGGAGCGCACGGUGCCCAGCGACGUGCUGCUGGGGCUGCUGAAGGACGUGCUGCGCCAGCGCCCCGCGCUGCGCCUGGUGCUGGUCACCGCGCCCGCCAUGGAGGAGCGGCUGCGCGCCUUCUGCGGGGACCCGCCGGUGGUGCGGGUGCCGGCACCCGGGCCCCCCCCACAGCUGCUGUACCGGGACCUGCAGGCCCGGGGACACGUGGCGGCCGCCUGCCAGGCCGUGCUGGACAUCCACCGGCGGCGCGAGCCCGGCCACGUCCUGCUCUUCCUGGCCAGCGAGCAGGAGAUCACCGAGUGCUGCCGGGCCAUCCAGAGCGAGGCCGCGGCGCUGAGCCCGGCGCUGGGCCCGCUGCUGGUGCUGCCCCUGCACCCCGGCGUGGGCCGCGCUGCGCAGAAGGUGUACGAGGCGCCGGAGGAGAGCGGCCGGGAGCGACGGGUCAUCGUCACCCACUGGCUCGCGGACUCGUCCUUCUCCCUGGGCACCGUGCGCUUCGUCAUCGACUCGGGGCUGGAGCUGCGCAGUGUCUACAACCCCCGCAUCCGUGCAGAGUCGCAGGUGCUGCGGCCCAUCAGCAAGAGCCAGGCGGAGUCUCGCAUGCAGCGAGCCGCCGGCAGCCCCCCAGGCACCUGCCUGCGCCUCUACUCGGAGCCGUUCUACGAGCAGCGGCUGCCGCCCAGCCCCGCGCCCCACGUCAGCGAGACCAGCCUCAGCCGCCUGGUGCUGCUGCUCAAGCGCCUGGACAUCGCCGACAUGGGCCAGUGCGACUUCCUUGACCGGCCAGCCCCCGAGUCGCUGAUGCAAGCGCUGGAGGACCUGGAUUACCUGGCGGCCCUGGACGACGACGGGAACCUGUCGGAGGUGGGGAUCAUCAUGUCGGAGUUCCCGCUGGACCCGCAGCUGGCCAAGGCGCUCAUCGCGUCCUGCGAGUUCGACUGCGUGGAGGAGAUGGUCAGCCUGGCCGCCAUGCUCACCGCAUCCCCCUGCUUUGUGUCCCCGUCCACGCACCUGGAGGAGGCGGUGACGCUGCGCCGGCGGGCACUGCUGCACCCCCACGGGGACCACUUCACCCUCAUCAACAUCUUCAACGCCUUCCAGCAGCACAAUGGGGACGAGGGCUGGUGCCGCAAGCACGGGCUGAGCGGGGAAGCCCUGCGGCUGGCGGGCAUCGUGCGGGCAGAGCUGCUGGAGGUGAUGCGGCGCAUCGAGCUGCCCGUGUCGCCGCCCGCCUUCGGCACCGCCGCCAACGCGCUCAACCUGCAGCGCGCCCUCAUCUCUGGCUACUUCCUCAAGGUGGCCCGGGACAUCGACGGCUCCGGCAACUACGUGAUGCUGACGCACAAGCACGUGGCCCACCUGCCCCCCGCCUGCUGCUACCUGCUGCGGCAGCCCCCCCGGCGCCCGCCCCCCUGGGUGCUCUACCACGAGUUCACCAUCUCGCAGGACAACUGUCUGCGCGUGGUCUCCGAGAUCCAGCCAGAGAUGCUGGUGGAGCUGGCACCCCAGUACUACCUGAGCAACCUGCCGCCCAGCGAGAGCCGUGACCUGCUGAUGGAGCUGCGAGAGAAGCUGGUGGCCGCGGAGGAUGCGCCGGCGCUGCCAGAGCCGCUGGGCGAGGCGGCGGGCGGGGAGGAUGAGGAGCGGGAGGUCUGCGUGCUGCAGUGAGCUGGAGCCGCCGGAGCCCCUGCGCCGGGGCCGUCUGGGCUGGCCCUCGAGCACCGGGGCCGGGAGAGCCCGGAAAGCCGUGCUGCUGCGGGGCCGGCCCGGUCCCUGGGGAGGUGCAGGCAGAGCCGGCUGCCACCACAGCUCUGCGCCGCGGUCACCCUGCCGGCGGCCACGGGACUGGCCCCAGCAUUGGCCCUGGGGCCAGAGCCGGUUCGGGGAGCGCUGGCCCCGGGCCUGGGGUGUCCUGUGGGGCCCCCGCCCGGCUCCUUCGCCCCGUGUUUUCCUGGGGCUGGGGCCACGGCCCUGCCCGUCUCACUCCCCGUGCGCGGGGGGAGCAGCAGCUGGGGCCCAGGGGCCACGUGCGUGUCUGUCCUGUAUAAAGUUUUGUGACUUUU